UAUUAUUAUUGUGGUUUUGACACACACAGAGUGUGUGAGCAGCGAGGGGAGUGGUUAUGAAUGACUGCUCGCGCGCAGAGUGCACAGUCAGCAGGCCUGAAGCUGCUCUGUCACCUGAGGUCCAACCAGCCAGCUGUUUACUUCGCCCGCUCCACUGUCAAAACAACUGUUGGUGCGACUCACAGGUUUGUUCCUCCAACGACACUCGAGGUGCUUCUGCCGCCGGCCACCAGCAAAAGGCAAAAUGUGCUGAUAAUUGCUAAAGAUGAGUAGCGGUGAGGGGGACACCUCGGAACCCCCAAGAGGGGACACUCUGAAGAGGAAGGACUGUCAGUCAGACCUCCUGGGUCCCAGCCCCAAGAGAAGCUUUGAGAAACGCAACAGGGAACAGGAGAAUAAAUACAUUGAGGAGCUGGCAGAGCUGAUCUUCGCCAACAUAAAUGACAUCGACGACCUCAACUUCAAGCCCGACAAAUGUGCCAUCCUGAAGGAGACGGUGAAGCAGAUCAGGCAGAUCAAGGAGCAGGAAAAGACGUCAGUGGCCGAUGCAGAGGAGGUGCAGAAGGCAGACGUCUCGUCCUCAGGCCACGGUGUGAUUGAUAAAGAUGCACUCGGGCCCAUGAUGUUGGAGGCCCUGGACGGGUUCUUCUUCGUCGUCAACAUGGAGGGCAACAUAGUAUUUGUGUCUGAGAAUGUCAGCCAGUAUCUGCGCUACCAACAAGACGAGCUGAUGAACACCAGCGUGUACAGCGUGCUGCAUGUUGGAGAUCACGCCGAGUUCAUCAAGAACCUCCUGCCCAAGAGCCUGGUCAAUCAUCGCAGCAGCGAUUCGUCACACAGGAACAGCCACACCUUCAACUGUCGCAUGCUGGUGAAGCCGCGUGCAGACGGCGAGGCCUGUGCGGGCGCUGACCAGCAAGAUGCCGCUCAGCAGAAGUAUGAGACCAUGCAGUGUUUCGCCGUGUCCGAACCCAAGUCGAUUAAAGAAGAAGGAGAAGACUUCCAGUCCUGCCUCAUAUGUGUGGCUAGAAGAGCUCCUGUCAAAGAGCGGCCUGCAGUGCCGCCAUAUGAAAGCUUCACCACACGGCAGGACCUCCAAGGGAAGAUCACGUCCCUGGACACCAGUCUGCUGCGGGCCUCCAUGAAGCCAGGCUGGGAAGACCUGGUCCGCCGGUGCAUCCAGAAAUUCCAUCUGCAGACCGACGGGGAAAUGUCGCCGGCCAAGAAACACCAACAAGAAGUCUUAAGAAAUGGCCAGGCUCUCAGCCCCGUGUACCAAUUCUCCCUGGCAGAUGGUACGAUUGUUUCGGCUCAAACCAAGAGUAAACUUUACCGAUCUCCAACGACUAAUGAGCCGCAGCUCUACAUGUCCCUCCAUGUCCUGCAGAGGGAGAACAUUGGUGGCAUGACUCCAGACGUGUCCGGCAGCCCAGCCACGGGCAAACCAAUGACCCCGACCAGUGUGAGCUGGCCCUCUCCUUCACCGGAUGUCAACAGCAACACCCACCACUCCGUGACAAUGCCCGGCACACCCGGACGUGGGUUUGGGUCGGAAACGGGCCGAGCUGCCACCCCUCAGGGACACUGCCACCCACUCAAGCUGGGAAGCCCGUCAGCCCAGGGGAGCCCGAGUGUCACCUCAGGGCACCAGGGCGCCAUGCUGUCUCCUUGCCACCACCAGAGUCCCAGCGCGGUGGCCAGCAGCAGCUGCAGCAGCCCUCACCUCUCGCAAAACCCCCCCGCUUCUUACUCUCCCGCCCCCAGCCUCCACUCAUCUCCAUCUGUGUGCAGCAGCACAGGAAACAGCCAAGUGUUUAACUCUCUAAGUGCACUGCAAGCUCUCAGCCAGGGCCACAGGCUCCCCCAGAGACCCGGUGAGGGAGAGCCUCCGGAGUCGCCUGACCAGAGGCCGGGGUCUCUUCAAAGCCCCAUUCGCAACAGCAACGCUACCAACCAGCUGACCAAAAGCAACUCCAGUUUAGAGGCUGACCUUCUCCGAUCUUUGGAGGAGCAGGAGGAACUUCUGUCAUCCCAGAACCUGGACGGAGAUGGGAAGGACAGUGAUCCCGACAGCUUGGGGAGCAAUGGAAGCCUUCAGCAUCUGGGCGAUGGGUCAAACCGCCAUCUUAACACCAAAGGCCAUACCAAGCUGCUCCAGCUCCUCACUACCAAGCUGGAACACUCAGAUUCCUGUUCGUCACCGGGACCGCUGGGGGAUGACUGCAAGGACCAGCUGGGUGGGGUGGCUGGUGUGGGCGGGCUGGGACACAGCAACCAGUCCACCUCGCUGAAGGAAAAACAUAAAAUUCUGCACAGGUUGCUGCAGAACAGCACCUCACCUGUGGAGUUGGCCAAGCUAACAGCCGAGGCGACGGGGAAGGACCCUGUCGGUUCGGAGUCGGCCCUGGGGGACAGCCUGGCGGCUCUGGGGGAACUCUGCACCAAGCAGGAGCCUGGAAGUCCCAAAAAGAAGGACAACGCGUUGCUGCGCUACCUUCUGGACAGGGACGAUAACGGCAUUCUGGAUAAGGAGAUCAAGAUGGAGCCGGCUGAUGGAACAAAAGUGCCCAACAUUAAGAUGGAGAAGCAGGAAGCAGGUUUCAACUUGGCUGAGCAGACCAGCGAGCUGGAGGACCUGCUGGAGAACUUGCAAAGUGAAAACCAGCAGCAGCUGCUCCCAGCUCAGCCUCCAUCGACUUCAUCGUCCUCCUCAGUGCCACCCGGCUCCUCCGUGGACAAACAGACCAUCAUCAGUGACAUCCUGCAUUUGACUGACAGCGGCAGCUCCCCGAGCCAGCCCAGGGCCUACCCCCCCAUGGCCAGCACGACAGGCUUCAGUGGGGUCCGGCCCGGUCAAUGCCCGGUCAGGAGUUUGUCUAUGGAUGGCAGCAUGGGCCCCAACCCCACCAGGAACUUUACCCCCCAGCACAGGAACAGUGGGCCUUACUCCUUACUGCAGCAGCAGCAAAGCUUGAUGGGAACACAUGGCUGCAUGCCUAACCAGGCUGCCAUGACCAACACUGGUAUUCGAGGAUCCAUGCAGCAUGGCUGGGUCUCCCAAGCACCCAUAAGGGGCUCCACUGGACCAAUGAUGGGUCAGGGGCGCAUGGUUCCAAACAUGAAUCCCUCACUUUCUGCUAGAGGAGGCAGUGUUCCACCUGGUUCCAGAGCCAUGGUCAACAUGCAGAUGAUGGGCAGUGAAAUGGAAGUGCCAGCCCAUUCCUACCAUCCACAGCAGGCUCCGCCCAAUCAGACUGCACCGUGGCCAGACCGGAUGAUGAUUGAUCAUUUUGGAAACCAAAGCAGGCCGUCGUACAUUGUUCCUCAAGAAGACGGGAUUGGGAGCUGCGGGGUCGGGCCCGAGGGACAGACGGACGAAGGAGCUCUGCUCAACCAGCUGUGCUCAGUUCUGAAGGACUUUGAGGGUCUGGAGGAGAUUGACAAGAUGCUGGGGAUCCCUACACUGGCAGGCCAGGGUCCUCUCUCAGAGCAGGACCAGUACCUGGGUUCCCCAGACCCACCCACAAACCUGAAGCCCCCCCUCUACAGCCAGCACUACAGUGGGCAGCCGGGCUAUGGUAGCAUGCUGUCUGAUGGUGGGUACCACGGCUCAUCCAUGAGUGGCCACAUUGGUCCUCAGAGGGUGACCCCCACCAACUAUUCCCCAAUGAUGAGGAUGUCCAGCGGAGCGGGACCCAGGCCCACCACCAUGCGACCCGGGGGGCCCAACCCAAUAGUACCAACGCACCCCAACAGCCUGAGGCUCCAGCUGCAGCACCGACUCCAGAAUCGUCAACCAAUGUUGAAUCAGAUGAGUGGAGUUUCCAAUAUGAACCUACCUCUACGCCCCAACCUCCCAACGCAGGGAAAUCUCAACGCUCAGAUGGUGGCCCAGCGUCAGCGCGAGUACCUCAGUAACCACCUGCGUCAGCGUCAGCAGCAUGCGCACCAGCAGCGCGCCAUGAUGAUGCGCACUCAGGGCAUCAGCCUCCCCCCCAACAUGCCUGCAGGGGGCAGCGCACCGCCUCCGAUGCCCAUGGGCAGCGCCAACACACGACUGUCACAGGGCAACCUGCAGCAGUUCCAGUACCCGGCCUCCAGCUACGGUACCAGCCUGCCCUCUCCUCCACCUCCUCAUCCCGGGUCCUCCAGCCCCUUCUCUUCCCCCCUCUCCCCCAGCCAUCUCCUGGCAAGCCAGGGCAUGAUGGGAAAUCUAAGCGGGCAGUACAGCAGGGUAAUGAGCCCUCCAGCACAGCACAGUGCCUUCCAGUUCAGCAGUUCAGGAAUGAACCAGCAGCAGCAAGACCAGGAUCAGGUUUCAUGUUUUCCGUGUGGACCGGCCACACCGCAGAGCCCCCUGCUGUCCCCCAGGAUGGGGCAGGGUCAGAGCCCCAUGCUCCAGCAGAACCAGGGACAAAACCCAGCUCAACUCCAGGCAGCAAACCAGGGAGGACCACCCAGCUAUCAGUCGAGCGCAGACCUCAACGGAUGGGCUCAGCCUGCAAGCGUCCCCACCAGCAACAGUGUGUAUUCACAGCAGUCUCAGUACUCCACACAACCCAACGGAGGGAUGUACAGCAGCAGCAGCAUCAACCUUGGCGUUUCCAUGGGCAACAGUGGAGCCAGCAUGAACCCCAUGUCUGGACAGAUGAGCUCCAUGAACGAACAGGUGAAUGACGGCAGCCUGAUCCUGGAACAGCUGGCAGGGAUGGACAUGCUGCCCCAAGAGAAUGAUGUUAAUUCAAACUUUUGCUGACCGUGGUGUUGACAGAGAUGAGGUAGCAACGGAGUCAAUCCAGAAAGACUGACACUGACUCAGUUUAAGAGAAGCAUAAAAAAAGGGGUUUAUGGAAACGCCGUCCUCUGUCAACUCAGCCGGCUCAGUGGCACCGAGGACAGAGGUCAACCUUGACACAAGAAACUCUCUGUAAUGCAGUCAGAUUGGUUCAGAAUCAAUUCAAUAUGUUAUGCAAAAGGAAGAAAUAACAUGACCAACAACAGGGAAACUGCUCAUCUGAACCAUCCUGACAAAAAAAAUGCACAACUGUAUGAAAAUACAAAGGGGGUAAUCCUAUUUCAGGUAUUUGCAGUGGCUUGACACUGUUGUAGUGGAUAAUCAACAUAUAUUUAUCUGCCAUUUGUACUACAUAUACUUUGUUUUAAAACAAUCUAGUUAAGGUUGCCCCAAAGUAAAACUAAGUAGCCUAUGUAUGACACACAUUUGAACCAAAAUUAUUCCAUUCACUCAUGAAUUCCUUCAUUUUAAUAAUAUCUCUUUAACAAAGCUACACAUGGAAGUUUUCUGUUAGCAUAUGCUAAAGGUUUGCCUCCAAAAACACGCAAACACAAGUCUUCUGAGGCACUGUAUUUCUGAUAAACAUUUUUUUUGCUCAUGUUUGUGUGCAAGAAUGUGAAACUGACACAAAGACACAAAGUUAACACUGUAGUGACGAAGGAACUCUGAAUUUCAUCUGCCGUGGUUCUUUUGUUUUUUUUUAGCCCGACUGAAGAUGACGAGGAGAAAUUUACUGAAAUAUUUUAGUUAUUUAUAGUUUUGAAGAAGUUUUAGAAAUUAUUUGUAUGAGUAAGAAGAAAAUCAAAAUUUUUCUUGAAGAAAAUCUCAAAAUGGUACUUGUUGAUGUUGAUUUUGAAAGUUAAUAUAUUUGAACUGCUGUAGUUCCAGUACACGGGACGUCCAUCCCUAUUUAAUGACUUUUGAAUUAAAGUGAAUGUGUAUAGAUAGUGUAUAUAGAUUUCUAUGAUUAUUUUCUCUCCAGUGGUAUUAUUGAGCAGCAGUUUGAACUUCAAUAACAUUUUUUUAGGAAUCCUAAAGAAAUCACUGGUGAAAUAAUGACUAACUACAUGUUAGCAUUUUGUUGCAGCUAACAUGCUAGAUGCUAGCAGAAAAUGGAGAAAAAGAGCUCACUUUCUGGCAAACAUUAGCCAUGAUAAAUCAUGCUAACGACUUACCCAUCACCUUUUUGAUCUUUCUUCUAAAACAUUUAUUUUAAUUAGCAUUAGCUGAUAGCUAGAGAUCAAGAAUGGCCACGUAGAGCUAAUUAUGACCUCCAGCUAUCAGCUAAUGCACUGCAUUUGUCUAUUUUUGUCUAAGUUUCUGUCACUGGAAAAACAAAAAAGACAUAGUUGUGUUUGUUCUUUGCUUCAUAAUAUGAAUUAUAAGUAUAAAUUUAGAUAGAGAAUGUGAAGAUGUGUCGCAAACAUCGGAACAGAAGCACCUCCUUUUUAUUACAAAAUUGUUCUUUUGGAUUUACAAGCAGAUAUGGUCAAAAGAGAAGGAGGAAAUGACAUAAAAUGUGUUAAACUUACAAAUAUUGAACUCCAUGCCAAAGAAAGAAGACAGAAAACAAGUUUUCUCAUCUGCACCCUCCACUCAGUUUAAAACGGGCACAAUUAUUCUCUCAAUUUCCUGCUUUCAGUAUUUUUAUGAUCAAAAUUUAGGCUAUUGCAAAGUUUUAAGGAUAGUUUUAUAUUUUGUUAGUGGUAUGAAAAUGAUAAAUAAAUGUCACAAUGCUGAACUGAAGUUAAACUUUUAACUUUUUUUAGUUUCCAAGUCUGCAGAUUAACAAAAGUGUUUGAUAUUUUGUUUUUGGAAAAAAAUAAUGAGCCGUCAUCUAAAUUUAAAUACGGGAAUUGUCGUCCUGAAGUUAAGUUAGCAUUAUCCUUUCCUACAAAAAAAAUAAAAAUAUUAUGCUUUGAAAUUUCAGAAACAACAUGGAACAAAAAUUUCUCAUUCUCUUUGAAAACUUUUCCUGACUUUCAAUUUUCAGUUUCAGAGGUGCUGCUUUGUAUGUUUAAGCUAGAACAGGAAAAUUGUGCCUGCAUUUCCUAAAUAUUUUCUUUAGAUGAUGAAGAAUUCCUUUUGGGGAAAUGCUGUAAAAGGAGGUCAAACUUAAACACUGUAAGGACUAUUUCACAAUCUAGAUUUAUUUUGGCCCCAUUUUUGUUUUGAUUUAACCCAUUUUUACUUCACUGCUUUGUGUAAAAGCUCAGAGAUGGAGCCUCUGAGCUGAAACAAGCCAUGAAAAAAGUUCUGAAUGUCUAACUCUCAGAUGGAUUGGGGUGGCACUGAACACUCACAUGCAGUGACCCCUAAUGUUACUCAUGAAGAUUUAGAUUUUAACUGAUGCAAUAUGGAAGACUUUUGUACAUUUUUCUCAACUUCAAACGACUGCACUUCUUGUAAAUACUUUUAAGACGCUCGGUACAUAGAAUGAUGCCUUAGCUCAGCAUUUCUGUGUGGUGUGUUACUAAGUUACAGAUUCACUGUAUGCUGAUGAUAAAAUAAUUACAAAAAAGAGUUUUUAGAUUUGCUUUUUUUUUCAGGUGUUAAGUUGUGCAAACUCAAUCAUCUCUUUAAUUUUUGUAUGUUGUUGAGUGCAUCUUUGUAAAAUGAUUUUGAAGUUACACUGGUUUGACAUGAAUUCUGGUUGACACCAUAGUUCCAAAACUCAAAAUUGAAAAUUGCUGGGUGAAAGGUUCACUUUUGAUGGUUUUUACAAAUCCAUUCCAAAAAUGUCACUUCUAGUGCCAGGAGAUUUUCUCAAUUACUCCAGUAAAUCAAAAGUUUUUCUCUGAUCCUUUAAAAUAAAAAGUAGAAGUUUUAAAGAAAUGAAUUGAGAUUUUAUGAUUUAUCUGCUCUUGACUGCAGCUUGCACAAUUCAAGUUUGGAAAAGCUGAAACAACAUUUAGUGAAUGUUUUGUUUAGAAUAUUUUUACAGCUUUAUUCUGUCUAUCAAGGCAUUAAAAAACUGUAAUAAUUAUGUGACAAAAACGAUUUUUUAAUAUAUACUGCGAUUUUACUUUUAUUUGUUUGGGGAUGAACCUACAGAGCUCUGGGCAUGACAUAAAAAAAAUAAAAAUAAAAAACAAAGAAAGGAAAUAGUUUCCUCAAUCUAAUAAUUUGUGACCUCUAAUUAGUAUUUCGGUAUAAACAAGUCCUACUGCUAAUGGGGAUGCAAAAUAAUAAUGUAACCACACAUAAUACUUAUUUAUGCCCAGAAAAUGCUAAUUUGCGUGCAAAAAGUGCUGACGUGAGCACAAAUGAUCAACAUUUAGGGAAUAAUUUGGUCUGGUUUAUUUUGUAUGUCAUGUCCGGGUCUCCUUGUAAACCAGAGUUUGAACAUUAAUAUUUAUUUAACUUUAUUGAUCAUAAAUAAAUUAACAAAUUCAUAAAAUUUUAUUUGAACGACUUUCUAGAAACACUGUAAAAAAAAAUAGCUUACCAUCCCUUUUAUAUUUUCCUAUUGUGACCAAUUUAUUUUAAAAUGUAUACAUUUAAAAAGGUUUUUGGCAUCUUCAAACAUGGGGUUGAAUCACAAAGAUUUGGGUUUCAUUCAGGCUUUCUGCUGUGUUGUUCACACUAAAGGUCCCAUCAAUGACAAUCGAGCACAUACGGUUAUUUUUCCAUAAGGGUUGAACGACAAAGACGCUCUCACACUUUAUGCAAGCUGUCGACUGUAAUGUUCCUUUUGCCAAUGCUGCUUGUUAAUUUAUGCCACUGUAAAUAAACUAUUUUUAUUGAA